GGAAGUGGUGGCGGGCCCGUGCGGAUGGCGGCGGCGGCGGCGAUGGCUGCAGCGAGCUGCGGAGGGGCUGGGGCGGCCCGCUCCCUCUCCCGCUUCCGAGGUUGCCUGGCGGGCGCGCUGCUCGGGGACUGCGUGGGCGCCAUCUACGAGGCGCAGGACACCGUCAGCCUGACGUCAGUGCUGCGUCACGUCCAGAGCCUGGAGCCCGACCCCGGCUCGGCGGGCAGCGCGCGGACAGAAGCUUUGUACUACACAGAUGACACCGCCAUGGCCAGGGCCCUCGUGCAGUCCCUGCUGUCCAAGGAGGCUUUCGACGAGGUAGACAUGGCUCACAGAUUUGCUCAGGAGUACAAAAAAGACCCUGACCGGGGUUACGGAGCUGGAGUAAUCACCGUUUUCAAGAAGCUCCUGAGUCCCAAGUGCCGUGACGUCUAUGAGCCUGCUCGGGCCCAGUUCAACGGGAAGGGCUCCUACGGCAACGGGGGCGCCAUGCGGGUGGCUGGCAUCUCCCUGGCCUACAGCAGCGUCCAGGAUGUGCAGAAGUUCGCCCGGCUCUCGGCCCAGCUGACACACGCCUCCUCCCUGGGCUACAACGGUGCCAUCCUGCAGGCCCUGGCUGUGCACCUGGCUUUGCAGGGGGAGUCGUCCAGUGAGCACUUUCUCAAACAACUCCUGGGCCACAUGGAAGAGCUGGAGAGUGAUGCCCAGUCCAUCUCGGAUGCCAGGGAGUUGGGCAUGGAGGAGCAUCCGUACUCCAGCCGACUGAAGAAGAUCGGAGAGCUUCUAGAGCAGGACGCGGUGACCAGAGAGGAGGUGGUGUCUGAGCUGGGGAAUGGCAUUGCCGCCUUUGAAUCUGUGCCCACCGCCAUCUACUGCUUCCUGCGCUGCAUGGAGCCCGACCCCGAGAUCCCCUCUACCUUCAAUAGCCUCCAAAGGACUCUCAUCUAUUCCAUCUCACUGGGUGGGGACACAGACACCAUUGCCACCAUGGCUGGGGCCAUUGCUGGCGCCUACUAUGGGAUGGAACAGGUGACAGAAAGCUGGCAGCAGAGCUGUGAGGGCUAUGAGGAGACCGACAUCCUGGCCCAGAGCCUGCACCGGGUCUUCCAGAAGAGUCUGUGAGGGCCCCAGCUGCUGGGGCUCCGCCGUGUCCAGUGGGGCCAGCGACAGCUCAGGCUGGAAACCCUGCGCUUCUUUGGGCUUUGCCCCCUGCCUCAGUCUUCCUGCAGCCUGGGCACAGGCACCGCUGGGGCCGGGGUCACGGGGGAGGUGACUGGAACGGAGUGAGGGACUGGGGCCUCCCCGUGCUGGUUUCUGGCUUGCUGCAGAGCCUUGGGCACCCCUGGCCCCUCAGACACGAGGAAGCAGGGCAGGUUUAUUGGCGGGUACGCGUGGCGUUUUCCUUAUUAUCUAGGACAUGGGAUGGGGAGGAAAUGGUCUGCAGUAGCAUCCGUUCUCCUCGUUGGGAUUUAGUCAAUUUGCCAGAAAGCCUGUCGUUGACUGGGCAGGACUGAGAGCAGCAGGUUUCCAUGGAUCCAGGAGAUGCAGUUGAAUCUAGCUGAUCUCCAUACACACCUGGCCCUGGGCGGUCUCAGGCUUGUUAACAGCUUCCAGCGGAAGCCACAGAGCAAUAAACAGUUUUCGGUAAAUCCCA